GUGGUGAGGUUUGGAACCACUAAUCCGGUUGUACACUUAUCACCAUAAUGGAAUUGCGUAGUGGGAAGACCAUUAGCUCCUAUACCCCUGAGCAGCAAGAAAAGAUGGCCGCCCUAGUGAGAGAAAACAAAGAGAGGAAGGAGCUGGAGAAGCAGGCGAAGCUAAGGGCUAUCGCAGAAGAGAAGGCGGCUAAGAUGAAGAGGUUGGAGGAGGAGAUGAAGAGAGUUCAACAGGAGGAGGAAGAGAGGAGAAAGGAUGCUGAGGAAGAAGCGGCAGCAGAAGAGGAAAAAGAGAGGAUGCGUAUUGAAAGUAGAGAGGGGAGUAGUGGCACGAAGAAGGAUGCAGACGCAGAGAUGGAGAAGAAGAUAAGUGAGUGGGUCGCUAAUUUAUCGUCGGGAGAAGACGAGGAGGCAGAGUCAUAUGUGACUCAUGAUGAGAGAGAUGCGCUAGCCAACGAGCUAGCAACCAUGGCGGAUCCUAUGGAACGGCGAGAAAGGGAGGAGGAACAGAAGUUGGCAUGGAAGUUAAGGAUGAAGAGGGAGAAGAAGAGGAGGAGAGAGGAAGUAAACAAACUGACCGCAGAGGUGGCAAAGGUGCAGGAGUGUAGGAAAGAAGUGGAGGCGCAGGCAGAUGACAAGGCCAAGUGGGAUAAGAUAUUAGGGUACCUAGAGGUGCUGGGCACAACAUGGAUGCAGGAGCGCCAAGCCAGUUGGAGACAGGAGGUAGCCGUGAGUGCCAUGGGGUCGGGAUUUAGAGAUUUUGCGCGCGACAUAGUUACCCACAUUGGGGUUGAGGUCAGGCAGAUAAGGGACAAUGUAGGAAAGUUCUGCGAGGGCGCCAUUGAAGGUGCCAAAACAAUAGUUGCUGUAGGACCGGGCGCACAGGGGGUUGGCGGCCAAGGAAACCGCCAAGUGGGAGGAACGGGUCAAGGUCCCCCGCCAAAUCGUCAAGGUUCUAAUCGGCGAGAUGGGGUGACCGUGGGCUUGAGGGUGUCGGUCAUCUAUCACGAGACCGAGUCAUCAACUGGGACCGAGACAAGGGAGGAACAGCACAACGAGAGAGACUCAGGUGGGGAGAGCGAGAUGAGUGAGGCAGACCGGGAAACUGACCUCAGGGGAAAGAAAAAGGCUGAAAGUGAGGAAAAUGACGACGAUGAUGAUGACAAUAAAAAUCAUGGUAAGAAGGGGGAUCGUCCAGAACUAAAAGGAAUGGCAAGAAUAGUGACGGAGGAAACAGAGAGAGGAGAAAAUAUGAUGAGCGUCCUAAAAGGAGUUUUGUCUGCUACUAUUGUGGUGAAGGAGGUCACACUACCACCUAUUGCAAGUAUUGAGGAGGAUGUAAGGAGUGGGGUAGCAAAGAAAGAUGCAAUGGGCCAUGUCUGUGAUAGCUCAUGGAAUAAGUUGGACCCCAGACAUCCGGGAGAUAUGAGGCUUCUUGCUCUUAAACACGAUGAGAAGAUGAAGAUUAAAAAGAAGAGAAAGACCAAUGUGAAUGUUCAUUUCCUCAUUGGAGACUUGCCUGAUGAACAGGUACAAAGAGCAAGUGACCCUUAUACCAUGAUUGAGCUGUCUCUGCAGUCCUUAACACAUACAGAGUGUGAGCCUAGUGAGGCAUCAACAACGUUCUCGCGUGCUGGAGAGCAGGGCGGCGAGAGGCGUUUCAAGUUAGGGGACGGCCUGCUCACAAAAGAAGACCUGGAAAUGUUGAGACGGGAUGAGUUCUCCACGGUAGGGGCCUUUGCCACAGCAUUUGAGAAGAUGGCAAAGAAAGUCCCAGGGCUGGCAGAAGAAGAACAGUGUGCCACUUUCCUGGGGCACUUUAAGAAUUGGGAAGCCUCGUCGCUUACCAAGAAAGCUGCGUCAGGAAAAAAACUGACUUGGGGUGCCAUAAAAGAAGGCGUGCUAGAGGUAGAGUUGGACCAGGUAGACAUCUUCCAGAUGAAACAGGCUAGGAAGAAAAGGAAGACUUUGGAUACUAUCGCUGGUGAUGGGCGCAACUUCAAGCUAAUGAUAGAAGAGGCUGUGGCCCAGCACGAUGCAGAGAAGGAGGCAAGAAAGAAGGCUAUGACGGCGCCACAAGCCCAAGGGAAAGGAAAGAAGGUGGUAGUGUUAGAGGAGGAGGAGGAAGAAGAAGAAGAGCCUGAACCACAAAAGUUGACAAAGGCUCAAAGGAAGGCAAGGAACACGACUCAAGGGGGGCAAGGCUCAGGAAAAGGUCAAGCCCUGCAGGCUGUAGCGGCGCCACCCCCUGAAUCGUCUAGUCAAGCCGCACCAGCACCCUAUGGGUCAUGGCCAGGUUGUGGACCUCCCAGUCAUUGGCAUGGGCACUGUUCAUGUGCACCAUGGCUAACGGGUGGGCCGCAUGGAUCAUAUGCCGGAGCGCCAAUGAGUACGGCUUCCUGUGGAUGGCCGGGACCCCAGUCUCAACAGGUGAGUCACUCGAACCCACCGCCAAACCAACCUCAGCAGUUGGCCCCACAAGGAUCACAAGGGAAUCAAGGUGGUGGACGAGGACAAAAUCAAGGAUGGGGCCGAGGGCGAGGAAAUGGUGGCCGCGGGGGAUAUGGGAGAGGAAACGCGAACAGUAACUCCCGGAGAGGAGGAAGUGACGGGUGGAACGGUGCGGGGAGUCAGAGUGACCAGCAAGGUGGUGGAGGAUAUGGAAGAGGAAGGGUAGAUUGGAGAAAUGCCAUCUGUUGGCAUUGUGGCCAGAAGGGCCACACAAUUAAGUUAUGUCAGGUCCGAAAGAGUGAUGAAAAGGAUGGCCUGAUGAGCUCAAGCUAUGAUGGUGAUUUUUUCGACAUGUACGGUGAGUGCAUAGACCCGAGAAUCCCAGGAGGGAUAAGGGAAGAAGCUCUGCGGCGUGCAAAUGCCCCAGCUCCACCAGCUCCUCCGGCCGCUUUCCGUAUUUGGCAGGAAGUAGAAGACCGUCAGGGUGUGAGGAUAGAGGAGAUAAGCGAGAAUGAAGAGGUUGAGCAGAGAUUGAGGGCUGGCACCAAAAAGGAGGAGCCUAUAGUGGUUGAAUCUGACGACGACGAGCAGGAUGGUGGCCACGGCAGGGCAAGAGACACGAUGGAGAGAAUGGAGGACCUGCUGGCAAAAAUCGGGAGGUACCAGGAUAAGCUGACCACUCUUUGUGAGGAGGUCAACAGGUGGAAAGGAGAGUUACCAUUGGUGUACCUCAUCGAUUCAGGCCCAGGGGCACAAGGCGGAUGUGGAAAUCUGCCCGGAGUGACUGUCACGGCGCCAACUCCUAGGUCUGGGAUGACCUUCAGGCCGCCGUCAAGAGCCGGAAGGGCGGCUUUGGCAGCACGUACUAGAUCGAAGGGAGCGCCCGACUCAAGCCAGCCCACUCAGGACAGCCCGGGACCCAGUGGAGAGAAAGAGAURGUAGAGAUUCCAGARKAUGACGAGGACGAGGAUGAAAAGUUGAGGAAGGAAGAGGACAAGAAGGCUGAAGAGAGAGCCAAAAAGAGGGGCGCCAAAGCGAGCRCUGAUAAAGAGCAGGAGGGAAAGAAGAGAAAGUAUAAGGUCAGAAUGGAGGAGGGGUUUGACGUGGAAGGAAUGGUCGAUCGACUCCUUGAGGGCCAUAACGACCUAAUGAACUUAAAGGAUAUCCUCACUUCCGCUCCAAAAUUGAGGGACGAGCUGAAGGCUCGAUUGUCCAGAAGGUUAGUAGCAAAUGUGCGCUUGGGAACCAUUAUCCCCAAGGAAGCGGAAUGGGCAAAGACAGGCACGAAGAUGGAUUGGAAGUCCGUCGCUUGUGGAUGCUUGGACGUAGUAGUAAAAGGAAAAAUGUGCACGGCAAUGGUGGAUACUGGGGCGGAAAUGAACCUCAUAAAAGAGGAGCAUGCUUUAUGCCUGGGGAUGGAGAUUGAUCGCUCCGAUAAUGGAGUUUUAAUGGGAGUGAAUAGUCGGUCUGUGUUCAUAGGGACCGCAUCGAGAGUGGUUUUGGAGAUUGGCAAGGUUAAAGUGAGAAGCUGUUUCUUUGUGAUGCCCGAUCUCGAYCAUCCCAUCCUAUUGGGCCGAUCCUUUUUGAGCCGAACGGAGACCGUCAUACUGAAUAAGCAUGAUGGGACAAUGUUCCUCGUCUUAUGUGACCCGAUAUGUGGCAWCUAUGAGGUUAUCACAUGCAAAAAUACGGGGCCACGAAGUAUAAGGAAUAAGCCCAAUCCUAGCUCUUUCACGAUUGAGGAAUCGGAAGAAGAAAGGAAGAGGCUAGGAGGAGAUGAGUUUGAAGAAGAAAGGAAUCCGGAAGCACCGACUCUUAGCCUGACCAAUAUAGGCGAUGCUAUGGACAUAGUGUCAACCUAUGGGAUGGCGGACAUGGAGGCCGUAGAGGCCUUGAGAGAAAAGGUGAUGGAACAGAUGGGUGAAGGAGAGGUGGAGCUGGUAUAUCGGACGCCCGGAAAGAGAGGAGGAUCGGCAGGAGCCCAACCCCUGAGUGCAACUCGGCCUUUUUUAGGGGUGGGCUCAAGCAAGGGUCACAAAGGCUGAAAUAAGAAUAGAGCAGACGAAUUGAGUCGAGUCGACUGGGACAAAAAUAAUCAAGGAGUGAUCGAGGAUACUCCGCCAGUCGACGGGUUUCUGGACACUGAGGAGGAUGUGAGACUUCACAUCAACUCCUGGUCGAUGGUCGUGGGUAACUACGUUCCUCCUGGGCAACCUGUGUGGCUCUCGCCUCCAGGACAUGUACGACGGCCAGACCUAGUCUUUAAGCCUUUCAUCGAAGAGGACUCGUGGGGGAUGUCAAACGUGCAGUGGAUGAUGGAUCUGGCCUUAGCAGACAAAUACCAGUUGCACGAAGACCUACUCGCAAUGGAAAAUGGGGCGCAACAGGUAGAAGGGCACGAGACGUCGAUAGGUGGGAUAUACCUCUUGGCAAAUGCUAUGCUUGAAGACGAGGUGGCAAGGAUUGGGGAUCAAUGGCAAGGUGAGAAUGAGAAUGUAGUUCACGAAGGAGAGGACGACGAUUUUGAAGAGGGAAAGAUAAAAGAGGCUUUUCGCAUGGAGGAGUAUGACGGGAUAUAUCUGGAAUUAGGAAUGCUCCUUUCGUGCGAAAUGAGAGAAAGAGAUGCGUGCGAGGAUGUCCUCAAGAUGCGACCAAACUUCUUGGUAAGGGAUGACCAUCUAUUUAUGAGGAGUAAAGGGAAGACUCCAAGAAGGGUAGUUUGUGGCAUCGCUCGUCAGAUCGACGUCAUAGCUGCUCUACAUGAUGGUAAGGCAGGUGGCCAUAGGAGUAAGGAUACAAUUUUCCUCAAAAUACACGAGCUAUACUAUUGGGAUGGUAUGGGACGAAUGAUCAACGAUUAUUGCAAGUCAUGUGUUCCAUGCCAAGCGCGGUCUUCCAUUAGACCUAGGGAGCCGCUUCACCCAAGGUACGUACGCGAGGUUGGGGCGGUCGUGCAUUUGGACUUAUUGGCAAUGCCGCUGGGAGUAGGUGGGUAUAACUUCAUCUUCGAUGCACGAGACAACCUCUCCUGUUUUGUAGAUGGCAGAGCCAUACGCACAAAAACUGGUGAGACCUUGGCUCGAUGCAUUGAGGAGUAUUACCUCCGCUAUCCUUUUGUCUCCAGAUUCGUAAUGGACAGAGGGUCCGAAUUCACUUGUGCUGAGGUAAAAGAACUGCUGAGAGGGUAUGGAGUGAUCGCAGAGUAUACUACUGCGGGGCACCCUCAAGCUAAUGCACCUGUGGAGAGGGGUCAUAGUACGAUUACGAAUCUCCUCGCUAAGUGGACGAAUGGUAGGCCAAAUCAGUGGCCUAACUUCCUAAGGGUUGCCUUCUUCGUGGAUAACAUCACUGUCAGAAGAAGCACCAACUACGCGCCAGCAACGUUGUGGUAUGGCAGACAUACGACCUCCCCUAUCGAAAGCUUCCUAAAGACUUGGAGGCGGCAGGACCUCGAGACAAACUUGUCAUUUGAGGAACUGCUAGAACUAAGGGCUCGUCAGAUUAAUGCCAUAGAGGACAUAAUUGAAAGUGCGGCGAGUAAGGUGGCUGACAGCCGACAGAGGGAUAAGUUCAGAUGGGAUAAGAUGGCAAGGGUAAGGAAGGAGUCUCUCAAGGUGGGUGACGUUGUGCUGCUAUAUGAUUCAUCCUUAGAGAAGCAGUGGUCGCGAAAGUUGGACAAGAGGUGGUUAGGACCAUAUAGGGUCGCGAGGAGUGGAGAGCAUGGGGCAUACCAGAUUGAAGAGCUGAAUGGGACUGCCUGGAAAGAUUGGGUGUCAGGCUUGAGGUUGAAGAAGUUUGUUGCUCGAGACGAGAUACAACAGAACACCUUUCAAGUAAAGGAGGCGAAGUGGGAAAAGAGAAUCAUGGACCUUGAGGCCAAGUGUGCACAGCAGGCACCUACUGCAGUGGUAGACUGGACAGAGGUCCAGAGGUUUAAGAUCAGGAAGCAGCCUGUAGAAGAGGCCUUCAAGUGUCAGAAGGUGGAAGAGAGGGCAAACGAACAGAAGGAUGAGGAAAUCCCCCUGCUAGAUAAAGAGAUGUUGCAGCCUCAGGACGCCCUAGCAAGGAUGAAGUCAGGAACCGGGGGGUUUGAGUGGAGGAUGCCCACAGUCUUGGCACAUGAGGCGAGGCCACCAGCAAAGGAUACGAUGGAUGAGGCUGCACUUUCCAUGACUCAGGAGGAGACUGUGGGGAGACAGGAGGUUCAGGAGAGUGUGGGACAGGCCAUGGCUGAGGCUGAGGAGAGGGAGGAGCGGGAGGUCUCUCAGAAGACCCCACCAUCUCAGGAUAUGCCUCUAGUUGCAGGUCUGGAGGAUGCACUGGGACCUUGGGCCACUGGAUACGGGGCAGAGGAGCGAGUGAGUGAGCAGAUGGCCCAAACAGAUGACAGAGCAGCAUGCCCCGUUCCCCCAGAGCACCGACAGCAGGAGGUCACCAGCGAGGCCACAACCGCCCCCUCAUCUGUACCCUCCCAUGCAACUGACAAGAUGGAGCAGAAAAAGUUUGGAAGAUGCUUCUACUGGAAGAGAGGCAAGCACCCACAGGAGACCUGUCCCAAAAGCCUCAAGGAUGAGGCCGAUGGUUUGUUUUCAUGGGACCCAUCUGGCGUACGCAGGGACAGAAAUGAGAACCUGAUCCUGAAGACUCGUGAUGGGAUACGAGCGAAGUUGUAUAGGCAACUGCAGGAGGGCAUGAGUGAUCAGGAACCUUGGUUAGAUAAGUUUGUCGUAGUCUACUUAGACGAUAUAGUAGUUUUCAGCAAGACCCUCCAGGAGCAUCAGGGUCAUUUGAGGGAGGUCUUGGAGAAGCUUAGAGAAGCUAACUUCAAGAUCAAUGCGAAGAAGUGCGAGUGGGCCAAGACGCAAGUCCUGUACUUGGGCCACGCACUAGACGGACAUGGCAUUAAGCCAGAGGACAAUAAGAUUGCGGCGAUUAGAGACUGGUCGAUGCCCCGCACAUUGACAGAAUUGCGGUCGUUUCUAGGCCUAGUUAACUACUAUAGGAAGUUCGUGUCAAACUUCUCCACUAUCGCCGCUCCCUUGCACAAGUUGCUAAAGAAAGAAGCAAUCUGGCAAUGGGACAAAGACUGUACGGCUGCGCUAAAGAAGUUAAAGCGCGCAUUGAUAGAAUAUCCUGUCCUCAAAGUUGCAGAUCCGUCUUUGCCAUUUGUCGUCACCACGAACGCGAGUCAGUAUGGGAUAGGCGUCGUGUUACAGCAGGAAGACGACAAUGGCUAUAGACCCGUAGAGUUCAUGUCAACGAGGAUGCCCUCAGAGAAGGUAGCUAUCUCAACGUACGAGAGAGAACUCUACGCUCUCAGGCAGGCCUUAGAGCACUGGAAGCAUUACCUGCUUGGGAGACACUUCAAAGUGUAUUCUGACCAUGAAACACUUACAUGGUUAAAGACUCAGGCCAAGAUGACACCUAAGCUAACUAGGUGGGCCGCUGAAAUAGACCAGCAUGACUUUGAGCUUAAGCCAGUGAAAGGCAAGUAUAACGUAGUUGCGGACGCUCUGAGUAGGAGAUCAGACUACUUUGGAGCCAUAGUACAUUAUCUGGAUAUAGGGAGAGACCUGCAGGAGAAAGUCAAGCAAGCGUAUGCGCAGGACCCUAUCUAUAGUGACCUCCUCAAGAGAGUUAAGGAGGCCCCAGAGACCGAACCACAUUACCACACUACAGAAGGAUUACUGUUUGAGAAGACAGAUGUAUUCGACCGCCUAUGCGUUCCCAAUAGUGAGGAAGUCCGCAGUCUAAUACUAGGAGAAUGCCAUGACACAAAGGGAUACUUCGGUUGGCAGAAGACAUUAGCCAACCUGAUGUGUGCGUACACCUGGCCGGGGAUGAAGAAUGACUGCAUAAAGGUAGAGACGCGUACGAGGACGGGUACCUCGCCCUACACGGCCGAGCAGGAAGCAAAGGCGGCCGCGAUCUUGAAAGAGAGGAGAGAAAAGGAGGCCAAGAAGAAGGCCUUACUGGAGGCGCAGGCGGCGAAGUUGAAGAAGAUAGAGGAGGAGAUGGCUAGAGAGAAGGAGAGGCUGAAGAAAGAAGAAGAAGCGAAGUUAAAGGAAGUGGAAGAGGAAGAAGAAGAAGAAGUAGAGGAGGAGCCACUGGAGAGAGGAAGAAGAGGAAACAGAGGGGAGUCCAGUGAGACAAAGGAAGAUCUGAUGGAGAAGAAGAUUUCGGAGUGGGUUGCAGGACUAACCCUGGGAGAAGAUGAGGAGGCGCUAAUGUAUGUGCCCAGGGAGGAGCAGGAGGCGGCCGUGCGAGAGUGGGAAGCUGAAGGAGACCCACUCAAGCGGCAAGUGCUCGAAGAUGAGAAGAGGAUGGAGUGGAAGUUCCGCCUCACUAGGGAGAGGAAGAGGAGAAUGGAGGCGGCAACCGAGGCGGCGCAAGAGUUGGAAGAGAUUAGGAAGCAGAAGGAUCAAAUGGCGGUCCAAGUAGAUUUAUUGGGGAAGGUAGAGAUCCUGGCCAAGAACGUGGAACGCCCGGCAAUGGUUCAGGAGGAGCAGCUUUUAUUUGGUAGAGGCCAGGACAUUGUCGUGCAUUCGAUACGGUCGGGACUUAGGGACUUUGCUCGGGAGUUGGCCAUGCAGAUGGGCUCGCAUGUGACAGCCCGCCUCGAGGGCACUGAACGAUACUGUGUUGGUGCCAUUGAGGGCGCCAAGUUGAUUGCCCCAAAGGAAGAAGAAGCAUGUCCCCAUGUCUUGCGCAGUGUCAGAGCCUCUGAUCGAUUGCAGACCAUCCACUCUCGUCAGUGGAGGAGUGCCAAGGCACUCAAGGGAGUAAUGGACGAGUUAGUGGCUACCCCUGACCAUGGGGUCACAGAGACCCAACUGGUCAACCUCUUCUACCGGUCUAUGCCCGAGUCGUUGCGUGGGCACUUGUUUGAGAAGAGCCAGCAACCUACCAUGACCUACGACGCAUUGAGUAGGGAAGUGGUAGCGUUUGAAGCGAAGUUUGUGUCAGUUUCCACUUUCUGGCACAAGGAUUUGGACAAGGGAAAAAGGUGGAAGGGUCGCACUAUCUCAGGGCAGGUGAAGACAAAGGAUAGCCUGAUCCUUACCUUAGAUGAGGGUAGUGUUGACGAGAUCCCCUACGACCAGAUAGAGUGGGUGCUGGAGGACGUGGACAGCGGCGCGAGUCAAGGGAGAACUUACGCGACUGUCGCGGCCGGAGGGAGGCCGCAAGGAGGAGGACGGGGCCAGGGCCAAGGGGGCCGGGCCUCAGGGAACUGUUCUCAGGGCGAAUAGGGGGUUGGCGGCAGAGGAGGAAAUCGCCAAGCGGGAGGAAGGGGUCAAGGUCCCCCGCAAAACCAGUAUGGGAAUA